CCAAGUUUUGACCGGCGGCGAUGGGAUGCAUUUGCUUCAAGUCUUUGCGGCUAAAACCUCCACCGUCGAUUACAUCAACCGUCGUCGAUAGUCAAGACGAUGACGACGGCGACGACGGAGGACAAUACCCGCUGAUAUUCCGGGAGUUCAGCUUCGAGCAGCUGAGAAUCGCCACCGACGGAUUCUCCCCCGGAAACAUAGUGUCGGAGCACAAUGAGUGGGUACCAAACACAGUGUACAAGGGCAAACUCGGCGAUGGUCGUCGGAUCGCCGUCAAACGGUUUCAAAGACUUUCAUGGCCUGAUCCUUUCCAAUUCAUCAAGGAAGCAGAAGCUGUUGGGAGAUUGAGGAGUGAGCAUAUGGCUAAUCUGAUCGGUUAUUGUUCUGAUGACAGCGAGAGACUUCUUGUUGCUGAGUUUAUGCCUAAUUCCACUUUAUCUAAGCAUCUCUUUCACUGGGAGAAGAGACCGAUGAAAUGGCAAACAAGGUUAAAAGUUGCGCUUCAUACCGCAAAAGCCUUGGAGUAUUGUAAUGACAAAGGCAUUAACUUAUACCAUGAUCUUAAUCCCUAUAGGAUACUCUUUGAUAAGGUGGGCAAUCCUAAACUUUCUUGCUUUGGUCUCAUGAAGAAUAGCCAUGAAGGGAAGAAUCAUAGUACCAACGUAGCAUUUGCUCCACCCGAAUAUUUGCGCCUAGGUACUUUGAUACCGGAGAGCGUCACAUAUAGCUUUGGGACCUUGUUGUUAGAUCUCAUGAGCGGCAGACAUAUUCCUCCAAACCAUGCGCUUGAUUUGUUCCAAACCAAAAACUAUUUGGUGCUAGUGGAUUCAGCAUUGGAUGGUCAGUUCUCUGAUGAAGACAGGACAGAACUAAUGCACAUAGCUUCUCGAUGUUUGAAGACUGAACCCGAGGAGAGGCCAAGUAUAAGGUUUCUCAUGUCAACUCUUUCUAGACUUCAGAGACGAGCUGAGUUAUGGCCAACCAGUGUCAAAAGACUCAUGCCUUCUUCUUCAAACAAAAAGACUAAACAUGCUACAGAGCCACUGAAGUUAACUCCUUUUGGAGAUGCGUGUUUGAGAGCAGACCUUUGCACCAUGCACGAACUACUCGAGAAACUCGGGUAUGGAGCAGACGAUGAUGUGAUCUCAAACGAGUUCUCAUUCCAAAUGUGGACGGGAGAAAUGCAAGAGAAUAUGGACCACAAGAAUCAUGGAGAUGCAGCUUUUCGUGCUAAAGAUUAUGAUACCGGCAUUGAAUUCUAUACAGAGUUCAUGUAUGGAGCUCCUACAGUCUCACCAACAGUUUUGGCAAGACGAUGUCUAUGUUACCUUAUGACUGAAAUGUUCAGUGAGGCUUUAAGCGACGCGAUGCAAGCGCAAGUAGCUUCACCUGAAUGGCCAAUCCCUCUUUACUUACAAGCUGCUUGUCUCUUCAAGCUCGACAUGGAAGCUGAAGCUAAAGAAGCUCUUAGACAUGGUUCUGCCCUCGAGUCUUAUUAG